AUGGUCCUGAUUUUCCUGGCAGCCCUGGUGGCACUCACAGACUUUGGUCAUGCCCAAAAGGACUCUGUGCUCCAGUUCCCAGCAGAAAUGACCAUCCAGGUGGGACACAACACAACAUUGCACUGCUAUUUCUCCACCAGCUAUUCCAAUCCUUACAUCUUCUGGUACCAGCAGAGGCAGACCCAGUCCCCUCAGAUGCUGCUGCAGGUGGACAGAUGGAAACCUCAGAUGGAUUCAGGGAGGUUCUCCUCCGUGCUGUCUGCAGAAGACUCCCAGGUGCUUCUGCAUGUGCAGGAUGCUGAGCUCCAGGACAGCGCUGCCUAUUUCUGUGCACUGAGCCCACCGGAUUAUGGCUCUGGCUAUGACAAGCUGACCUUUGGCUCAGGAACCAGACUGUCCAUCCAACCCAAUAUUACUCCAUCUCCUUCAGUCUACAGGCUGACCUCUAAAGAUGAUGAGGAUUUGGAAAUGUGCCUUAUCACAGAUUACUCCCCUGAAAAGCUUACUCUUAACUCAGCUGAUAAGCAGACAAGUGCUAUUGUGGAGGUGGCAAUAUCUGAAAACAAACAGGAAGCGAGCUACCUGUCAACCUACUGGGCCAAGAAAGAUGAAAUGCAGUGUGGUGCAAAUCAUGAGGGCUUUGGAGAACUAGAGGGCGAGGAUCCUGAAAGUGGUACUAGCAGUGUAUGUGUUACAGGGGUGUCUCUACACUUCAGGACAGAUGAAAACCUGAACAUGCUGUCUUUAUCACAGCUGGGCCUUAAGAUAGUUUUAAUGAAAGGAAUAAUUUUUAAUGUGCUGAUGACGAUGCUUAUGUGGAAUAAAAAAGAAUGAAAGUUAUGACAUGGUGACAUUCUGAAGUACGAAAAAAUCUGCUGAGGAAUCUACCAGAGCAUCAUGUGCAAGAGAGAGCACAGACAUUUCUGUUAUGAGCUGUAUCACUUGCUGUUUCUGUAUAUCAUGCCAGCCAUUAUAGUAUAAAUUGCUUUAUUUGCAUUGUUAGGAAGCUACUAAAAAAUUCUCAGCAUUCUGCUCCCCCACAUGCCUGAUUCACUCCUUUUGCAUCAAGCCCAGUUUGCUAUAACUAUAAAUAACUAUAAAUUGCCAAACAUCACUAUUAAUUGCAUUAAAAUGACACACAAUUUCUGCUUGGGGCAGUGUUGUUCAAAACAGCCAGCUAAAUAGCUAAAUAUCACUUGAAUGUGAAUUUUUCAUAGUUGGAUUCCUUUCAUAUAUGCACUACUUAGAGUACACCCUGCAGACACCAUUUCAGUUGCAAAUGAAACACUCUGAAAAGCAAAGAGAGUCUUAUAUAAGGUGUUAUGGCCAAUGUCCUGCUAUCUUUUGCUAAAGCAGAGCAAGGUAUCAUUUUUCCCCUAAAAGAUUUGCUGCUAGGUCUCCCAGAAGUCCCAAAUUCAGUGAAAUUCUCACUUCAUUAUCACAAAAGAAAAAAAUGGUUUUUACUGUUUUUUAAGUCUCCCUGUCCUUGUCCAUUUUCUGAAUUUAAACCAGCUUAAGAUUUGGUUUUGUGUGUAGUAAAAAAGCAACCUUUGCUCUUUUUGUUCAGUUCAAACAGCCUUAGAUUUUCCAGUUUCUAUUAUAAUCAUUGCAUAAAACUGAAGUACGUGUCCACCCCUUGGAAACAGUGCAUGUAUGUGAAAUUUGUAUGCUGCUAAUUCUUUAAUUGUACCAGCAACCACCCUGAUAUCUUGGCAUUUCUGUAGGCCUGCUAUUAAACAAUUCUUAUAAAAAAUAAGAAACUUGUUUGUCUUUUGUAUCUGUAGUUUGAGGAA